UAUAUAAAACGGCGACACUGUAGACAUAGCAAGUAAAAAUCAUUUCAGUAAACACACAGUUAACUCAAGUGAAAUACAACUUGCAAUGGGGUUUACAUCUUCUUUAGAAAAACACAAAAUUGUGAUUAUAUUUCAAUGGAUCAUGCUUAUUUCUUUCGUACUUGCACAACCUCCGCCUCCAGAUAUUCCAACAACGGAACAGCCAAUAAUAAUCGACCCGCCGCGGACGUCAACGACGCCAAGACCUCCAUUUACCGGAACAGGAAAUGACGUCUCGACAUUAUCGCCAUGUCCAGAAAUGAUCUGUACCCUUGAGUUUAUACCAGAACAUUGUAGGGAUACCCCUGUUCUUGUGAAAAAUGGAGUCAAGUGUACUGGCUGCCCCCAAUGGAUGGACUCGUGUAAAAAUUUGCCAAAUGGGACAAAUAUUAUCAUAGAUCCAGAAAUAAAAUGCCCUACCAAAACAUGUACUGAAAAUAUUAUUCCAGCGAAUUGUGCUUAUGUAGAAACAUUCGAAUACGAAGGACUGAUUUGUGAAAAAUGCCCAGUAUAUAAGCCCGGAUGUGUCCCUGAUGAAAUGUCGUCUGCAUCAGAUAUUCAAUGUCCUGUUCAAGCUUGUACUCUAGAAUUUAUACCAGACGAAUGUAGGGACAUACCUACUUUCCAACAUAAAGGACUUACAUGUAAAGGAUGUCCUCGUUGGAGACCAGGCUGUGAAAAUAAAUCUUCAAAACAGAAAAUUAAUUUAGGCCCUCAAGUUUCUUGUCCAUUAAUAAUAUGCGACAGCUAUAUACCUAAUGAAUGUCAGGUGAAAAAAGAAUAUGAACAUCGAGGUCAAAUGUGUACAGCGUGUCCAGGCUGGAGAGAGGGCUGUCGUGAACAGGAAAGAUUGAAAUUCAUCAAUUCAAUGGGUGGUAACUCGAUUGAUCUUUCUCCGAUUCCAUGUCCGAAAUUCCCGUGCAUUGAUAAUAAUAUACCUGCCGAAUGCCGGAUAGAACAGCCAUAUAACUUCCGAGGAAGAACAUGUUUUAGAUGUCCAGCUCGAAGCCCUUCGUGUGAAUCAAAUUUUCCAGGUAACACAAGAUCAGGAUUACCAUGUCCAGUUAUUGAAUGUAAUACGCGUGUUGAUGUACCUCGGGAAUGUUACAGGAGGGAGUUUUACAAUAAAAAUGGGAACAUGUGUGAGGGAUGUCCAUCUAUCAUACCAGGAUGUAUCAGUUUACAAAUCAUUCCACCAAGACCAAACGUCCCAAUAAUUCCUCAACUAGUUGACAGAAUGGACGUUCCGGAAAUAGCAUGUCCAUUAUUAAAAUGUCAAUCGCUAUCUAUUCCUCCAGAAUGCUUGGAAACACCUUUGUUUAAACACGGGAAUAAAAUGUGUCAAGGCUGCCCAAGACAAAAAGAUGGCUGCAUUCCUGUGACAGUAGAUCCGGACAUGAAUUUUCCACAGAUCCCAGCACGAAAUACUGAAACACGAUGCCCUGUAAAGGCAUGUCCGAUGGUUUAUAUUCCUACCGAGUGCAAGGAAGACCAGCCUUAUCAGUAUGAAGGUAAAACUUGUUACGAUUGUCCGAAGCAGAAGCCCAGCUGCAUAACUAUCAAUUCGCAAUCUUCAAUGCAAACAGGAAACAUGAAGCAAAUGUCCUGUCCUAUGUUCGGAUGUCCUUAUAUACUUAUUCCACCAGAGUGCCGUAUUGAACGUCCUUUCCAGUUUCAAGGUCGAACCUGCUACAUGUGUCCUUUGUGGCGAGAAGGAUGUGUGCCACUCCCGCCAAAACCAGACGUUAAUUACCCAACUGCUGAACCACCUCUUAUAUCAACGCAAAGUUCAGUAUCAAUUCCAUCAGAACCAAACAACCCCGCAGUAGAAUGCCCGCUUCUACCAUGUACAAAAAUAUUGAUUCCGAAGCAAUGCAGAGAGGAGACCCCGUAUGAAUUCAACGGCAAAACAUGUUUCAAAUGUCCUAAAUGGAAAGCUGGUUGUAUGGAGAGAGGUAACAGUGUCGAAACCACAACUGAACUUAAUCCUACAGAUAAUACUAUAAACGUUUUGAAACCAAAUAAUUCGCCAUCACUGACAGAUUUGAAAGGAGUGAUUCCUGUCAAUGAAAUCAUCAACACAGUUAGGGCAGUGACAUGUCCUCCUCUACGGUGCCCAGCUAUGUUUAUACCCGCCACCUGUAGACAGGAGUCUAUGUAUCAGUACCAAGGUAGAACGUGCCAAGGAUGUCCAACAUGGCGACUCGGGUGUAACCCAAUGUCCGGUCCGCCGAUGAAUAUGAACGCCAACGGAAUAUUGUCUUUUAGCUUGUUCAACGAGUUGUUCGUUAGGAAACGAUAGUCAAAUAUUGUCGGAAAAAGAUGGAAAUGACCGAAAGAUUUUCGAGAUCGAAGCUUGUCAAAGUUUGCCGAACAUCAUCGGACGUGUAAAGUUAUGCGGACAACAUGUUUGAAAUCCACUUGUACAUGAGAUUAUUUUGCUAUAUUUAUUGUAUUUUUUUUAUAAUAAAUCUUUGUUUUAUAACAAAAAUAAUUGUAUGUUAUCUAUUUUAUGAAAUGUACGGCAGUAUUUAUAAAAUGUGAACUUUUUUUAGUAUGUUUUAUAAAAUUAAUUGUAACAGGUCGAUUUCUUAAGAGAUCAUGAACUAUCAGAUUUUAUAAAUCGUGUCCAUGAUUUUUGUGCUUCUCUUUUCACAUUUCGAACCUGCUAUUCACAAACCCAAUAUAACUAUUGUCUAACGCCACAUACAAGGAGUAUCAAAGUGGAGUACACGUGCACAAGGUUAUUGAUUAAUCUACGCAUUAAAUACAUGUAUAAAUAAUAAUAAUAAUAAUAAUAAUGACAAUGAUAUAACAAUAAUAAUAAAUGCUGCUGAAGAAGGCCUCGAGGACAAAAGCUACGGCAAAUUUAAAUUAGCGUUUUUGAUUAAUUAUAACAUAUAGUGUUGUUUAUUUUUUGGUCGAUCUUAAUAAACACAACCAUUUGUUAAAUUCAUGCUUGAAUAUAUUACAUGAGCAAAGUAAAUGUAAGUUAUCAUUCUUUAACUAGUGUAUUGAGUAUCGACUUUAAAAUGAGAUUAAUUAAUUUGCUAUUUGCCCUUUGGUUAUACAUAAAACUGUCCGAUUACACGGAAAUUAGUUAAAUAUUGACAAUUUGACAAGUUAGUAGUACAGUAAAUUUAUAUUUAUAUUAAAAACUGAUGUUAAUGAUUGGAUGAAGAUCGAUGAGUAAGACAGCCAAAUUUACUACUCUAUAUGUAAUUAUUGGUCUUGUUUCCUUCAGUAACGUACUAGUUUAGGUUCAAAGGUUAAUGGAAGAACGAUUUUAAUGUAUAUAAAAAUAUGUGACAGUCCAAUUUCUUGAAAAGAAAAAAAAUUGAAUUGGUGUAUAGCACUGACAUUACUUAUUAAAAAAUUAACUAUUUCCAAAGGGUAAAAUGCUAUUAAAAUGCUAUUAAUGCUAAAUGUAUAUCCGAUAUGUUUUCAACAACAUGCCCGUCUUCGCUGUGCUGUCUUAUUCCGUAAAAUAUGCUAAUGUUCCAUGUUCGGAAUGUAUGUCAUCACAAGUAGUUUGCGGAAGAUUGUUCAUUUCAUGUUCCUGCUUGUGUUUAUUAGAAUAGGAGAGGAUAUCUAGGGUAUUCAUGCACUAGCAAUGUCUGGACAGUCGUGAUACAUGUAUGGUGUCAAUUAA